AUGUUCAAAGAUUUGUCUGAAAGCUAUACUAUUGAAACAAAACUUUAUCUUCGGUACCCUGAUAAUCAUGAAAUUGAAAUCACUCCUGAUUUAGUUCAGAACAUUAAUGAGUCGCAUAGAACUUUUAAUCCAAACAAACAGUCAAUAAUUUUUUCAUUGAUAGUACCCACGCCAGUUUUGUCCGUCAUGAGCGCUUCGUUACCACCUCCAUCUCAACAACACGCACCAAGCACUUCUAUCACAUUCUCCAACCAUGAUAACUUAUUACCAUUUAUUGCCCUUACGUCUCCUCAACUCAGCCAUGAUUCCUCAUUUAACGCUAUUACGUCAUAUCAAACAUCAAGUUCUUCUUCUGGGAAUUCUCAAUGUAAUAUUCCGAGUAUUUCACCUUUUAUUACAGAAUAUGAAACUUCUCCACUUUGUGCUGUCAAUAAUAAUUUUCAGAGUAACGCAACCUAUGACAUAGCUUCACCUCAACGUAGAUCCGAUAUGUACAAUAAUAAUCUUAAUGUGCAGGAUAUACUAAAUUAUAGCUAUGGGCAAUAG